UGAUAAAUUCCAUUUCUUACUUGAGUGCGAAUGCCUUUUUUUUAGCGGGAAAGAAACUGUAAACAAAUUAUUUUUGACCGAUAAAAUCUGAGGUUAUGUUUGGAGUCAUCGCCAUAUUGUCGCGUUCUGUCAACAAAAAAAAAUCGUUUUUUUUUGUGAAAAAGUAAAAAAAAGUGAAAAAUUGAAAAAUGUCUAAUACCGAUCAUACUAUGAGAUAUGAAAUACCCAUGCAUUUAAAACUACCAGUAAAAAUUAAAAUAGAACCAACCGAAGAUAAUUUUGAUGAAAUAAGUACAAAGGUGUCCCUCGAAUCCUCCUUUGUUCAGAACAAUCCUGAAUCAGAACCUCUUAAGAUUAAAAUUGAACCUGAAGCCUAUUUUAAGGAACCAGGAAACCCUGAGCAUUUGAAAGCAAAGGUGAAAAGAGAAUAUGUUAGCGACGAAGAGAGCACUCCGAAGAGUCUCGUUCUUCGUUUUAAACGUGAUGAAGAUGGAAAUUACUCCGUAAUACCAUUGAUUAAACCUGAUCCGUUUUUUGAAGAACUUAUUGAUGAUGUUUCUGAAGAAGAAAAUAACUGUCCUAUCACAAUGGAGCAGACAUAUUCCUUUAAUACGGCUGAAAAUAUUUCAAAUGGGCAUAUAAAGAAAAUUAAUAUUAUAAAAUGUAAAUUUUGUUUAUAUACGCAUACAGAAGCUAACGUCAAGAAACAUAUAAGCAGGGUACACGGGAAUAAAAUGAUCUCAUGUCCAUUCUGUACAGAAAAAUCUUUUAAAGUAAGAGAUUCUUUAGAUUCACACCUUCUAAAGAAACACUCAAAUCAACAGGAUGCAUUGGCAAUCAUAAAAAGGAAAAUUUGGGAGUGCCAACUGUGCCUCUAUAAAACAAUCGUUAGAAGUAAUUUUACAAGGCAUUUGAUAACUCACGAAAACAAACUGAAAAACAAAAAUAUUAAAACUAUGAUACAGAAAGACAUAAGGAAAGCUGUUGAGGGAAAAGUUCAAUACGAUUGCCAUCACUGUUCCUAUGGCACAUACGAUAAAGGAGCUAUAACGAAACACGUGCGUAUUCACAAAGGGAAAAACUAUAUGCCGCAUAAGUGUGCAGCUUGCAGCCUCACUUUUAAUGAAUUGAAAAGUCUGGAUAGUCAUAUCUUAAAGAGACAUUAUGACAACAAGGAUGUCAUGAACUCCAUUAGAGAUAAGAUUAUAAAAUGCGAGCACUGCAAUUAUAGAGAUAUUAGUAAAACAAAACUCUUAAGACAUAAGAGCGCGAGACACAUAAAAAAAGAAAAACGAGGUCGUAAGGCUAAAAACGAAUGGUAAAAUGAUUCAUGUUACAUGGAAAAUAGAAUUAUUUUUAUUUUUGCUUAUUAUAAUAUAAUAGAAUUAUUUUAAGUAUGUUAUAUAAUUCACAGUUUUGUUAAAAUAUAGAUAAGCAUAUAUCUACCUAAGGUAUGUUAGAUUUUAGUUGAUUAAUUAUUAUAAUUAUAUUUUUGUUAUACUA